UGAAAAAGUUAUUAGAAACGCUUCUACGAAACAAGUGUCGUACUCGGUGUAUGUGUUGUGUGUGCGCUUCGUACGCCAGUGCGUUGUGUUAAGUUUUUAGCUUAUAAAAAAAGAAAGGAAACAUAACAACACACCAUCAACAACACCAAGCGCCGCGCAGCAAUCAACCUGCCAACAAAACAGAAGUGUACGAAAAUACGAUAAAAAGGUGUGCAAUUUGUUUGUCGAACAAAACAAAAACACGAGCCAACGAAGGAAACAGCAAAGGGACACAAAACGCCAUUUUCCGCACAAUCAAACAGAAGAACAAAUCGACGUGUUGUUGGGUGUGUGCGGGUAAAGAAGAAGAAAACCGAUGCAAUACUAAUGCUGACCAGCAGAUCGACGAAAUAUUGAGCAACUACUGAGUACGAGAUAGUCGAGUAUAAGACGCUAGCGGAAUUCGAAACGGGAAGUUACCCACUGACACAUUUCGCCGAGCAUCUCAGCCACGCCAUGUGGCCAACGAACAGACAGACGGCCGGCCUCGCCGCCGGUCGCUGCUUACUCCUUCCCCCACGGCAUCAGCAUCUCCUGCUGGCGGCCACCCUCGUGAUGAUGCUGAACGUACUGACAGUGCACAGUUUGAUCCACUCGCCGCCCCGCAUCAUCAAGCAGCCGCCGCCGGAUGAGCUGCUGUUUCAGGUGAAGCAGCAGGGCGAAAGCGACAAGCCGUUCCUGAUCGAGUGCGAGGCGGAAGGCGAACCGUCACCGAAGUAUCGCUGGAUUAAAAACGGCAAGAAGUUCGAAUGGCAGACGUACGACGACCGGAUGUCGCAGCAACCGGGACGCGGUACGCUGGUCAUCACGUCACCGCGCGACGAGGACCUCGGCCAGUAUCAGUGCUUCGCCGAGAACGAGCACGGUACCGCCACCUCCAACUCGGUGUUCGUGCGCAAGGCGGAGCUGAACUCGUUCAAGGACGCGACGCCGCAGACGGUGCAGGCGGACGAGGGCAAGCCGCUGAAGCUGGUGUGCCAACCGCCCGACGGCUGGCCGAAGCCGAACGUCUACUGGAUGAUCCUGACGCGCGACGGUGGCAUCCGGAGCAUCAACAACUCGCGCAUGACGCUCGACCCGGAGGGCAACCUGUGGUUCUCGAACGUAACGCGCGAGGACGAGUCGGGCGAGUUCUUCUACGCGUGCGCCGCCUCGUCGGUGUUCCGCAGCGAGUACAAGAUCGGCAACCGGGUGAUACUGCAGGUACGCCAGACGGGCAUCUCCGCCUCGCAGAACCGCCAUAUGCCGCAGCGGCAGUACGUGACGCGCAAGAACGAGGUCGCGCUCAAGGGCAAGGAGGUGGAGCUGUUCUGCAUCUACGGCGGUACGCCGCUGCCCGAGACGGUGUGGACGAAGAACGGGAAACCGAUCAUAUGGAGCGACAAGAUACAGCAGGACAACUACGGCAAGUCGCUCAAGAUACGGCGCGUCACGUCGGAGGACGCCGGUGCGUACACGUGCGAGGUGUCGAACGGCGUCGGCAAUGCGGACUCGUACUCGAUCAACCUGGCGGUGAACGCGGUGCCGUACUUCACCGUCGAGCCGGAGCUGCGGAACGCGGCGGAGGGCGAAUCGGUCGAGUUCCGGUGUGAGGCGGCCGGUGAUCCGAGCCCGAACAUCGUCUGGAUCCACAACGGCAAGCUGAUCGACGACAGCAAGCGCAACCCGCGGCGCAUCGUCAGCACCAACCGGAUCGUGUUCACGUCGCUGGAGAAGAGCGACACCGGCAACUACGGCUGUAACGCCACCAACUCGCUCGGCUACGUGUACAAGGACGUGUACCUGAACGUGAUGGCGCUCGCGCCCGAAAUUACCGAACCGCCGAAGCUCGAAGCGACCGUCGACCAGCGCAACGUGACGAUGACGUGCCGCGUGUUCGGUGCACCGAAGCCGCAGGUCCGGUGGCUGCGCAAUGAUCGCGAGCUUACCGGUGGCCGCUACCAAACCAUGCCGAGCGGCGAUCUGUUCAUCCGGGACGUGAAGUUUGACGACGCCGGCGAGUACACCUGCCAGGCGUUCAGCAAGCUCGGCAGCAAGACGGCGUCGGGCCAGCUGGUCGUGAAGGAGCACACGAAGAUCAACGAUCCGCCGAAGGACUACGAGGUGGAGGCGGGCACGACCGCCACCUUCCGGUGCAAUGCGAUCGCCGACUCCUCGCUGGAGCUCACGAUCGAGUGGCUGACCAAGGGCGAGCUGAUCGACUUCGAAAGCCAGCCGCGCUUCAUCCGCACCUCCGACAACUCGCUCAUGAUUACGAAGACGAUCGAGCUGGACACGGGCACCUACACCUGCCUGGCGAAGACGGAGCUGGACGAGGUGAUGGCGAACGCGACACUCACCGUGAUGGACCGGCCGAACCCGCCGACGCUGACGCGCGUCGACUGCCGCGGCAAGGUGGCCAAGGUCGAGUGGGUAUCGAACGGCGACAACCGGUCGCCGAUUCUGAACUUCAUCAUCGAGUACAACACGUCCUUCACGCCCGACACCUGGAGCGUCUCGGCGAGCGACGUGCCCGGCACGGAUCUGGCGUACGUGGUCGAAACGACACCGUGGAACAACUACACGUUCCGCGUGAUCGCCGUCAACAAGGUCGGACGCUCGCUGCCGUCCGGCCACAGCGAGGUGUGCACGACGCCGACGAGCGUACCGUACAAGAACCCGGACAACCUGGAGGCGGAGGGCACCGAGCCGAACAAUCUCGUCAUCAAGUGGAACCCGAUGGCGCAGGUGGAUCACAACGCGCCCGGCUUCCACUACCGCGUCUACUGGAGGCGUGACAUCCCGGGCGCUUCCUGGACGUCGGCGGACGUCAACGACUGGCGCCAGUCAUCGUACACGGUCGAGGGGCUGCCUACGUUCACCCGCUACCACAUCAAGGUGGUAGCCCUCAACGAGCGGGGCGAGUCGAACUCCGGCCCGUGGGAGAAGUUCGUUUACUCGGGCGAGGACAAGCCGACCGACGCGCCGACCAACUUCACGCUGAUCCAAGUGACCGGACCGACCGCCGCCUACCUCAGCUGGAACCCGGUCUCGCCGGAGUCGCUCCGCGGCCACUUCAAGGGCUACAAGAUCCAGACGUGGACGGAGUCGGGUGGCGAGGCCAACAUGCGCGAGGUGCUGAUCACCAACGACGCCAAGCAGGCGCUCGUGACCGACUUCGUGCCGGACUCGCUCAACUACGCGCGCAUCCUUGCCUACAACGGACGCUACAAUGGACCCGCCAGCACCACGCUCUCCUUCGACACGCCCGAGGGUGUGCCGAACACGAUCCAGUCGCUCGAGGCGUACCCGCUCGGCUCGGCCGCGUUCCUGCUGCGCUGGCAGCCACCGCUCCAGCCCAACGGCCGCCUCACCGGCUACAAGAUCUACUACGAGGAGGUCAAGGGCACCACGGUUGGGCCGCGCAUGGAGCGCGAGCCACACAUCACCGAUCCGCUGGUGCAGGAGGCAAAGCUCGGCAGCCUCAAGCCGAACUCGAAGUAUCGCAUCCACGUCGUGGCAACGACCAAGGCCGGCGAGGGCAUGGACUUACACAUUGAGCGAGCGACAUCGUCCGGCGUUGGCAUGCCACCGGAUGUGCCGAACUUCAACUGGGCCAACCUGCCCUCGGAGAACGGGCUGGCCAACAUCAAGGUCAUCUGGCAACCGGCCCUCGGCGGCAAGCCUGGCUCGCACUUCUUCGUCAAGUACCGCAUCAAGGACGAGUCGAACUGGCAGACGACCGAUCCGGAGCUGUACGAGAACUUUCUAGUCGUGCACGGCAUCAACCCGAACCAUCUGUACGAGUUCCGGGUCGUCUCGGUCGAUGGCGAGCAUCAGACCGAGUCUGCCACGCAGGAGGUCGAUACCUACGGAAUACAGAGCUCUGUUAAGGUGCCGGGAGAUAAUAUUGCCACCGCCGGCUGGUUUAUAGGUAUGAUGCUGGCGAUAGCGUUCCUCAUUCUGGUGCUGAUCAUCAUCUGCAUCGUGAAGCGUAACCGUGGCGGAAAGUACGACGUACACGACCGCGAGCUGGCCAACGGACGGAACGACUACACCGAGGAGGGUGGCUUCCCGGAGUACUCGCAACCUUUGGACAAUAAAAGCCAGGGCCGACAAUCGCUGAACUCGCAAAAAGUAGGACCGGAAAGUGAUACAGAUUCCAUGGCGGAAUACGGUGAAGGUGAUACAGAAGGUAUGAAUGAAGACGGUUCAUUCAUUGGACAGUACGGCCGGAAGGGCAAAAAUGCGGACAGCAAUUCGCAGGCGUUCGCGACCUUAGUUUAGUAUAGUCGUUACACUACAUAGCAGUUAGGUUUACUCGUGUCUUAGCAGGAGGUGCCUCCAAUCGAACAGGCGCAAACGCUCUCCUUAGCUUCCGCCGUUGAGACCGUACCCGUCCCUUCAUACCUCCCGUUCGGUGCAGGGGGAAGAAGGAUUGACGAGGCGGUUUUUGUUGAGAUGUGUUAGCAAACAAAGUGACGAGAAAAUGCAGGUUGCUUGAUAAGAAGAAAAAAAACAUGCGAAUCGCGAGUUGUGCGAAACAUACAGCGUAGGCGAUAGAUAAGGUACAGCCAAUUUUAUUUUUACCUCAAUUCGUUCGUCACCAUUGCGUCAUCGAAUCGUGAACGUUCGGGUAGAUGUUAUAGGUUUUAUGUUCAGAAGUUUUUUUGACUUCCCAGUUUUGUUUUGUCCAAUAAUGGCCUCUUCUGUAGUAGGGUGACAACGAUAAAGUUUUUCUUUGUUUUUAAUAAGCGAUUCUCUCUUAGAUCAAGCGUAAAAAGGAUUACACUAUUCCGGCCUCGAAUUUUGAUUCAAUGAAGUUAAAACAGAAAGAGAGCAAACGACGAGACGACGAUAGUUAGUUACGCGAAGCGACCAGCUCUUCGAUCGCCGACCCAACUAGGUGUAAAUGAGAGUAACAUUCGAAAGUCUUAGGUUUAGUUUAAAAAGGUAUAAGAAACCACACACAAAAAAAAAUUAAGAAUUCAAUCACGAGCAAUAUCAAAAGUGAACCAUCACAGAUCUAUUGAGUAUAAAAUGAUCACACAGAUUGUAGGUAUGUAUAAGCACUUGUACGAAGGAUUGCAGUGAGAUCAGUUGACAGUUAGCGGAAAUUGAAACUAGGUAACAUAUACGAAUUCACCACCAUUCAUAGAAAGGAAAUGAAUAGUACGUACGGAAAAGGUGGGAAACGGAACAUGUAUGCAUUUUCCUAGGUUUAUAGGGCUUGGUUAUGUUGCUUUGGUUAUGGUCUGCCUUUGGCGGCGUCAGGAGACACGGGAAUAGUGAGGGUGUUGAGUCGAUUGCCAUUUCCGGUCGCACAAGUUAUGUCCAAGACGAAUCGUCAACGAACGACCAGCGGAAACGGUUAAGAGCCAACAGCGUCCGCAGCAGUAGCAGUAGCAGCAGCAGCAGUAUCAAGGACAUUGCCUCCGUUGCGACGAAAAAAAAACAGACCGAGGAAGCGACAGCAAUGAAACGAAAUUUAUGAUUUUGCGAUAUUCGGAUGCGGUUCCUUUUAUGUUUGCCUUCAACAUACACUCUUUGGUUUUUCGAUCCCGAUGAACACCCGGUAGCGCACGAAAAUAGGUGGACAGUUCACGGAAGAUGGCUCCUUCAUUGGGCAGUACGUGCCCGGGAAGCCGCCGGUCAGUGCGCAGUCGACUCCGCAGAACCCUUCGCUGCAGGGUGCGAAUGCUGGCAUGGCAACGUACGUCUAAAGCUGCUC